CCUUCGCACUGCCAGUGCCAUCGGGGUCUGCCGACCACUGGGACCGGCACGAGUACAUAGAAGAUGCGGUCAUCUCCAAGCUUCAGACCAUCUCUGGUUGUUGCAGCUCUCAACUACUACCAUGUUCAAUCCCAAUACAAGAUCUGAUUUGUUCCAAGGCACAGCGUUGUUUAGCCCUCUCGUGCCGAGGCGGGUUCAGGAUACAUGGGGUGCAUGCGGAGGGGAUAUAGCGGCAGGCAAUCGAAAGGCGUCUCAUGUCUUUUGUCGCGACAUGGAGGAUCCCUGGCUGUCCAAGCUACUUCAGCGCGCCAUACCAGUUUUCCACAUGAGUUGGAUCAGCGAUUCAGCCGCGUGGAACUUCCUGCGUCCUAUCAACGGAUAUUUGCUAGAUGGUCGUCGCACACUUGGCUCGUCCAAUUUGCCCGGAGAAGAUUCCCAAGCUACUCUAUGCGUCUCCGAAGACAACAUACCCCAGGAAGAACAAGAGCCCCCUAGCUCUCAGACGCUGAUCGACCCAUCCAUUAGCUUGACCACGGCGACCAAACGGAAAUCUUCGCCCGUUUGGGAUGCGGAAUCUUCUAGGCGACCUCGCAAGACUGUUCGGAUGGCAGGCUUUGACCAGGACCGCAACUGCAUUCUCUCUUCAACACCGGUCACGAAACAACCGACCAAGCGCGAACGUCGAGCAAAGACCACGCCGUAUCUGGACCUCCGCAAAGUCAAUGCGCCCAAGAAGUUGUCCUCUCUCGAGUACGAGGCCUUAGACGAAACUGGCUCCAGAAAGAUUGCCGCUGCGUCUUACGACCUGCGACAAGCCAUGGAGAAAUCAAACACUCGGGUGUCUGUCGCUACUGCCUUGGGGAUUCUCUGCGAUGUUCCGACUGACAACGCUGUGCAAUUCGUACCCGGGCUUCGUCACAAGGGCAAGGAGUUCCGGUGCAAGUUCAAGGCGUCGCAAGAUACGAAAGUCAGGGAUUAGCUUGUUGUGUUCUGUUCGAAUGCUGUAAUUUUCAUGUCAUUGCCGCUCAAAUUGAAACUGCUAUACCGUUA